AUGACAGAAAAAUACAAAGAGGAUUCAGAGGACUGUGUGACAAUCUGCUUAAAGUACCUGCUGUUUGUUUAUAAUUUCUUCUUCUGGAUGGCAGGUGCUGGAGUGAUGGCCAUAGGAGCUUGGACAUUGAAUGAGAAAAGAAACUACUUAAGCCUCCUACCUUCAAGUACAUUUGCCGUCUCUGCCAGUAUUCUCAUCUUUGCUGGUAGCCUUGUGAUAGUCACUGGAUUCCUUGGGUGUUGUGCAGUUGUUAGAGAGCAGAAGACUGGUCUUGCAGCAUACUUUUCCUUACUUCUGCUGAUUUUCCUGAUUGAGUUGGUGGCUGGCAUUCUUGCUUGUGUUUAUUAUCAGCGGUUAAGUGGUGAACUAAAGCAGAAUCUGAACAAUACAAUGAUGGAGAAUUACGCAGAGCCUGGGGAGGAGAGUAUCACCUCUUCCAUCAACCAACUCCAGCAACAUUUCAAGUGUUGUGGCAGCAACAGUUCAGCUGACUGGCAGUACAGUGCUUACAUCCUCUCACCUGCGGCAGGUAACAGGCUAGUGCCUGACAGCUGCUGUAAGACAGUAACUGAGGCCUGUGGCCAGAGGGACCAUCCAUCAAAUAUCUACAAGGUGGAGGGUGGAUGCAUCACCGUAUUGGAGCAGACCCUAGCAGACCACACUCUGAUUAUUGGAGCAGUUGGCAUUGGUGUAGCUUGUCUUCAGAUCUGA